UAGGUGGCCCCUUGACCGGCUGCUGCGCUGGCCAGUAUAUAUAUAUAGCCGUCCGACGUGGUUUCUGGCUGACCAUUCCUGGGGGAGCCUUUGCAGAGACGCCACACCGGGUAAAGCCCGGACACCCCAGUUUCUCGGCAUGCGGGCGCAGUUCUCUGCCGCUUUGGCUCUCCUUUGCCUGCUCCAGGCAAAGGCCGAAAUGCCCGUCCAGGCUGACUUCCAGCUAGAUCAGUUCACGGGCACCUGGUUCAGCAUCGGCCUGGCCUCCAACACCCGCUGGUUUAAAGAGAACAAACAGGUCAUGAAGAUGUGCACCACCGUGGUCACGCCCACGGAAGAGGGGCACCUGAGCAUCACCUCCACGUACCCCAAGCAGGACCGUUGCGAGAUAAAGCGGAUAGUUUUCCUCCGGACAGACGACCCUGGCCGCUUCAACUACACCAGCGCUUCAUCAGGAACCAAACACAACCUCCGGGUGCUGGAAACCAACUACGACGAGUAUGCGCUUCUGGGGAACAUCAUCACCAAAGGGGCCGACACCUUCACCAUGGUCACCCUGUACGGGAGGCAGAAGCAGCUGCGCCCGGAGCUGCUGGAGAAGUUCACCCAGACGGCCUUGAGCCACGGCCUUGCCCAGGAAGACAUCCUCAUCCUGCCCCAGACUGAGCUCUGCAUGGGCUGAAUUCUCAAGGCUCUUUGCUCCGGCUUUCACUCUCCAGGAAGUAUCCAAGAAGGUAAAUUUUUGUGUCACUUUUUAAACUUUG